AUGCCCAGAAGGGGAGUGCCAGCUCCUGGACCAAAAGCUGAGGACCGGCCAGAGAUCCCCAAGCUGGGGGGCAACUCAAAGAUGCUUGACCGCAUCAGGCCUGUUCUUCCCCCCCGGGAGCACAGAUUUGUUCCAGAAGAGGUUUUCCGAAGCCUGACCUGCGCCAGCAGGUCUCUCUACAGCCCAAAGCACACACAGUCCCUAAAAACCACCAAACCCCCCAUGGGCUUCAGGAUCCCCAAGCUGGGGGGCAACUCAAAGAUGCUUGACCGCAUCAGGCCUGUUCUUCCCCCCCGGGAGCACAGAUUUGUUCCAGAAGAGGUUUUCCGAAGCCUGACCUGCGCCAGCAGGUCUCUCUACAGCCCAAAGCACACACAGUCCCUAAAAACCACCAAACCCCCCAUGGGCUUCAGGGGCUGCCUGCAAACCCCAGAUCGGCUUUGGCAUUAUCCUAAUCGUCGGAGCAAGUUCAGACACCUGACAGACCACCCUGUCAGUUUGACAGGCGCUGGAAGGGAUGUCUCUUACCUGUGUGACGUUGUGUCUGGACAAGGAGCUAAGGAAGCAAUGCCUGACAGAAGCUCUUUUUCUGAAGGUCCUCAGGGUCGGAGAGGGAGCCGUGGUACAGUCCCACAUCCUCCUCGAGGCACCCUGGCAGAUAGUCUGAUUCCCAAGGAAUUUCACAUCGUGAAGAACAGGGGAGUUUUGCCCUUGAAGUACUUCGACGAUAAAUACACAACACUGCUUGAAGACCGUGAAAAGAAACUACGGCUGUUCCCAUCCAUGAAACCUUCUGGGAGGUUAGAGGUCAUCCAGCUGAUGAAAGUGAUGGACAGCAUGUUGGAAAAAGCUGGAGUAGACAAGCUCAUCAGAGUAACAGGGCCUUUACAGCUUCACAAGGUGCUGGAGCUGAUGAAGGCAGAGCAGAACAUCUACAACAUCGUUUUCCAUGAGCUGAUUCGGCAGGUCAGCGUGGACUGCAAGGAGAGAGGACAGCUGCUUUCAAAGCUCAGGCAGAGGUACGUGAGACUCCUGGAGCGGAUUCCUGAACAGAUGAAGUUCCUCUACAAAAACAUGAUGGCACAGCGGUUGGUGAACAAACAUAUUACAGAAGACCUACUCCAUUUUAAAGAAAAUGUUGGACAGCUGGCCAGAGAGCUGUAUGAGGUACAAGAACAUGACCGCGAGGUGACCAAAGAAGCAGAAAAAGCUCAAGAGGAGCUAGCUGCAGGCAUGCAGGAGGCUAAGGAGAGUGUAAACCUUUUGGAAGAGUAUCGGGAAUUAUAUGAGCUACAGAGAAAACGACUGGAAGAGCAAAUUCUGCUGGUAGCCCAAGAGAGAGACGUUUGGAGCUCAGCAGCAUAUGACCUGGCUCUGAAGAUAAUAGACAGAAACCAGCUCACAUUGGUUCUCAGGCUUCAUGACAGUGGAAGCACACUGACCAACGUUCUCAAGCAUUUUGUAAUCCUUCUGGCCUCAAAGGACACAGGAGACUUGGCUGAUCUGCAGGAAGAGACCGAGCAGUUCAGGGAGAGGCUGGGUCGUGUUGGAGCAGAAAUAGAGCGUUCCAAGGAGUCCAGCCUGGGGAAAUUGCAAACUGUCUGCAGCAGCCUCAACAAGUGGCUUCAAUACUUCCAUCGCAGUGACUUCUCCUCUCCAAUGAAUGAAAAACUACUGGAUGAAAUCCUACAAGAUAUCAAGAACAUGAUAAAUAUACUAAAAGAAGACCUGCAGCAGUACGGAGGGGAGGGUCACCUGGGAAAGAUGGAAAGUCUGAGGAGCGCUGCCAGCCUGCAGGAGCACUGGGUGGAGCUGGGACAAACAGUCCUGAAUCGACACCGGGAUUUUGCUGGAGCGUUGCCUCCACAGCACGCUGCCCUGGAAGAAAUAAACCAAAGGGCAGGUGAACUCUACCAGCAAUACAAUGCAAGGAUAGAUGGGAAUAACGUCACAGCUAAGUUUUUGACAGCCUUGGUGAAAAGUAUGGAAGAUUGGUUAUUCAAGGUGCAAAAGCCAAAGAGACAUUCUGGCACGCACGAAGCUGAGCUGCGGGCAUUUUAUCACAAUAUUCCUGUGUGGCUGGCCCAGGCGAAUGCAGUGAUGAGCUCUAUAGGCUCCAGCAAGUUGGAUGAAGCUGAGGGUGAUAAGGAACCACAUUUCCCGGUAGUACCUAAAGAACUUUUUAAGAUGAUUCAGCAGUGGGUUCUGUCCAUGAAUGAUGAGGUUGAGAAGAGCAUCACAGAUCUUAAUGAAAAAGUGACUGAACUGCACCAAAGCCUGACCCUGUGGGUGGUGAAUUUGCUGAGACACGUGACAACAGACCGCGUGUCCUGGGACCAUCCCUGGCAGCAAGAGUCAGACACCGAGAAGGAUGAGGAGCUCAGACUUCUGGAGGCCUGUAAGCUGCAGCACGGAGCUGAAGAGAUUGUUGCAGAGAUGGGCAGACUCUCUGGCUCCGUAAUCAGCUCCUGCCAUGAUAUUGUCAAUGCAAUCAUUCGAAAGAAACAUUCUGAAAUGGAUUUGGAAGCUGAUUUUGAGCUGGAGGAGCUGAAUAAGAUCGAGACUGAGUGCUGUAAUUGGAUUCAAGUGUGUAGUCUUCUCCUUUCAGAAAUCAGAGGCACUCCGGUCUCCCUUCUGGAUUUAGAAAAACUGAGAAACCUCUUUGGAUCAGAGGAAUCGCAAUUGAAGCUUCAGCUUAAGGACACUGUCAGUUCUUCGCCUCGGGAAGAGCUUGAAGCUGAAGAUGCCAACAGCAACGGGAAACCCAUAACAGAGGAAGAAACACUAGAAGUAAAGGAGGAAACUGCUCUUAUGCAGCAGCAGCCAGGUGCUGGUAUGGAUUAUCUGACCGAGGACAAUGAAGCUGCUGCAGACAUGAUCAGAUAUGUAGGACAUGACUCCAACGUCCACCUGAAGUCUUUGAAGUCAGACAUCGUUUCGGUUACAGGGAGGGAGAUGACUGCCACCAAGCCGUCGACUCCUUUUUCACAGAAAGAGUUUGAAGCCCUUGCAAUGCUGGAACACCUGCAAGUGCAGCUCAUAGAAACAGAGAUCCGUGCCCAGAAUGCAGAGGAGAGAUCUGAGGGUCUUGAAGAGAAGCUGGAAGAAGCUCUGCAGAGAAUCAAAGAGCUAGAGAGUGAGCUGGAGAAAGAAGGGAAAGUCACCCCAGAAGCCACACACGAAGAAGGGCAAGAAAAAUAUUUCCAAGAAAAUGUCCCAGAAGUAGAGGCCUGCUUGAGUCCCAAAACUUCUACCUCUGAUGAGUCCGAAGGAUCCGGAGAAAGCGAAUAUUAAAGAACAGUAAUGCCUGAGUAGUUUCUCAGAGCCCAUUCAACUCACCCCUGAUCCACUGCCUUACUUCUCAUUCACUACCCCAACAUCUCUGUGCUAUCUCAGCAUUUAUGCUGUUCUUCUAGCUGGCUCUGCCACUUCUACAUCUGUCUUCUUUGUCCUCUACUGCCUUCCACAGCUCUAAUAUCUUUACAGAUUGUCUUCCUUGUAAUACCAUAGCAACUUUGUCUUUCUCCUGCC